CGACGUCGUUUCGUCACUGCCUUUCUCUCUCUUCCGGUUCUCUUCUCCCUCAAACUUCCACUCUCCAUCCAGCUUCCCCUGUGCCGUCGCCUCUACUACCACCCUUCUCUCCCUUGCUCCGCCGCCGCCGCCGCCGUUGCCGCCCAGGCUCCACUUUCGAUCUUUCCACUUCCAGCCCACCUUGUUGCGCCGUCCCACACGCCUCCCAUAAUUGACUGUAGCGCGCUUAAGCUAAUUUCAUUAGGGGGCACUUCUGCAGAGACUUCUCUCGACGGCUUAUUGCUAAACGCCAUUCAUUCAAAAAGGGUCCUCUCUCCCUCUCUUCUUCCAGCAUUUUGGAAGCAAAGAUUGUUCCUUUUAUACUAUUGUUUGAAGAAAGACAGAAGCGAGGGGCAGACGGCGACCUGUGAUCAUUUCGGUUAGUCCUGCUACACUGAAAUAAAGGGAGUUCACUUGAACAGCAGCCAUGGAUGUUGAUGCGCAGCCAACCAUGGAGGAAACCAUAUUGGUCGGAGAAGACCUAAUGUUGGGGCCACCAUCUCCUAUCAUCCCGAAAGAAAUUGCCUCUCAUGUGGUGGAAGGAGUUGAAUUAUGCGAUGGAGUCUUAAAGAACCUAUUUCUAUGCUUGCAAAUCCAUGACAUUGAACCUUUCUGUCAAGACGAGCUUUCUUUGUACAGAGAAUGUGCUGAAAAGCGGGAUAAGAUGCUAAGGCAACGCCUUCAAGACAGUGAACACAAAUUGGGGUUAUCAAUGCCCUUGGAUCAGGCAAAGGAUCGUGUUGCUCAACUUGAAGCAGAAGCGACAGCUUUUGAAAGGCGCCUGAUUCUUGCCAGUGGAGUUGAAGGCAUUGAAGGAUUUCGCCAAAGAUGGAGCUUGCAUGGUCGUAUGAGUGACACCAAGAGACGGCUGGAGGCACUGAAGCAGGGGAUGGAAGGCAGAACGCCUGAGUUAAAAAAGGACGAACCAACUCCAGCACCUAAUAAGAAAAGAUGGUUUCUCUGGUAACAUGUUGUGGGAGUUCCGCUUUUUGUUUGGGCGCCGAAGGGUCCUAGUAUGAGUUAGUACUCUCCAUUUUUGAAUCAGCUUCAUUCGAAUUCCGAUAAAGGAUGUCGAUCCUGUGCAGUUGAUUUAGCCGGUACAGUGAGUAUUAGGAGUGGAAUCUGGCUCUAGAUCAUUACCAAAAGAACGAAUGUAUCUCUCAUCACUACAUGAUUUCUUUUGUAAACAAUUCAUCUCUUUUCUACACAUGCAUGCUACAAUAUUUACAUGUAAUUCCCCAGAGGAUAUCUUUUGUAAUCACAUAUGCACCAGUUUUGUUUUGGUUCUGGUGACCAGUACAAGUGGACAGAAGCUAGCUACUGAAUCCAUCCAAUAUCCAUGAGGUGCACUCUUCGAGGAGUUGAAACUUCUGAUGGCGAGCGACGUUGAAUAAUAUCUGCAUUUUGCUUCGAAACUCGGCUGGAUCCUCCUUGCACCUGUAUGAUCCAGCACACCCGCAUUGUUCCGCUAAAUGUGCAGCUUUCACCCGGUUGCACCUCAGGCACAAAAGGUCCUGCAAAUGGUAUAGACGCUCUCUCUGCCGCACGAUUUGGAGAAGGGCAUUCUCCAUCGCUUCUCGGUCGUAAGGCUGCCCACACUGCGGCAUGGGGCAUCGCCAUUCUUGAGAUUGUAGAGCUGAGUCCUGGCACAGGUCCAGGUCUCUGCAAUCGUUGCAGUAGCUGUGCAAACAUAGGAUAAAAUAUCAAGCCCAGAUCAGCAUAGGACCAGGUUGAAAACUAGGGGAGAAUGAGACGUAUGUUUUAUCUAUGAUUUGGUCAACUUUUUUUGUGUGUUCUUAGGAGGAUCAGUGGGCUCGAAACCAAAUCAACUUAUAUUCAAUU